AUGAAGCGUGCACGCUGUGAAUCAAAUUCUGCGGCUCGACAAGGUUGCACCUUUGCGCAAAAUUCGAUGCCAGAGAACGUUGAACGUGGCUAUACCGGUAAGCAUCGCCGACUUGCGUCCAAGCCUACCCCGCCCUCGCGUACUCUCAGCUCUUCCGACGUGGUACAGCCACCCCAAACCUGCCAACAAGUCGACUGGGCAACCCGAGCGCAGUCCAUUGCUGCCUGGAUCAGCACCAUCCCUUCCUAUAGCGAGUCUGCAGGUUCCUCUACUGGCAACACUACCCAGGCGUCGGAUACCAUGUCAGACAGCUCAAGACUACGUAACAAGAAGACGCAAAUACGCUCGCGAUCGUGCAGUCCAAAUAAGAAAAGUUCGCAGUAUCGCAACACUGUACUCAAACCUACAAAAAUCUUUGUAGAUGUUGUCCAUACUCUUCCGCCUGAUAUCGAAGCGCUCCUACCUAGCGGUCUACGCAAUCUUCUCGACCUCCCGCAUUCUCUACCAACUUCGGUCACUACAAAUACCGAGGACAGCGAGAAAAGUGCGUGGACAAGAGAACUAGCGGAGAAUGUCAGGCAGCUUGCAGCUGUAUACCGGGACGAGUGCCGCGAGUUAGCAGGAAAGCCUGGCUCUGAGCCUGAAUACCGGACGCACCUCUACGGUGACGUGGUGGAGAAGCUCGCCAGAUUCUCGCCCUGGCGUAGGACUCUCAUGGCCAACUGUAGCGAUAAGUCGUGGCUGACUGGACUCAAGCCGCCUGCUUUGACUCCUAUUCUCUCACUGCCCUGGCCCUCUUUAGCUGCGAGACCACAAGAGAAUAUGUUGCAGGAAUUUACACCGGCUUCACUCAACUCUAACAUCAUGCGUGUAGUGCCCAGCAGCGAGCCCUCCAACUUGGCCUCUCCACCCACGUGCACUGAGGCGAGCGAAUCCUCUGUUAGCAACCUGGACAACACAAUAACAACGCCUAAACCUGACAUUACAGUCGGGAUUUCUCGAGAAGCUUUUAGUGACGACCAUGCAAACCUGCUAGAAUACUGGCAAGCUAGCAACCUAGUUUUCAGCGAUCCACACGCCACCCAAGGCGAUAUGCGCUGCCCGUUCCUUAUUAUCGAAGCCAAGGGGCUGGUCACGCACGGCAAUCUCAUUGGAGCGCAGAAUCAGGCAGCUGGAGGAGGAGCUUGCGCAAUUCGAUUACUGGCGUCGCUGGCAGCGCAGGAUCCUAAGGUUGACGCACCGCGUAUCGUUUUCAGCUGCACAACUGAGGGCGCCAUACACGAACUUUGGAUUCACUUUCAAAUGGCAGACGAAAAUCAUUCGAAGCAACACAUGGCUUGUUUGGGAGCGUGGAGGACUACGCUAGACCGUCAUGCAAACGAGUUUGUGGCCGCGCUUGCGCUCAUCUUCUCCUGGGGUGUAGAUGUUUUCUAUCCACAGAUCAAGCAGGUGCUCGAUAGGGUCCUAGAUGCAAAUCGAGUGGCUAGUUGA